AGGUUAUAAUUCAUAAUACCUAAUAUAAAGGCUAUGACUAUUGUAGCCGCUACACUGGUGGAUCUGGUGAAGAACUUAAAGGCAUUUGCUGGAAUAUUAAUUGUGAUAUAUUAUUCAUUUGCUAUUCUGGGUAUUGAAAUCUUCCAUGAUUCCAUCAAAUACACCGCGUCCAAUGAUACAGGGUUAGGGUUGGUGUAUGAGUGUGGCUCCUUUCAGCAGCUUAAUUACUGGGCUAACAACUUUGAUGAUUUUGCGGCUUCCCUUGUGGUGCUAUGGGACAUAAUGGUGGUAAAUAAUUGGAGCGUGUUUCUAAAGGCUUACGCUGAAGCCAAAACAGAGUGGUCCUAUUUAUAUUUCAUUGUUUGGUGGUUGUUUUCUGUUGUCAUAGUGAUGCAACUGUUCACUGCUCUUAUCAUUGAGAAUUUCAUAAUGAAAUGGGACAAGAGUGGCUCUAGAAGAAGCAGAGGAAAUUCAGACUUUGAGGAAUCUCAUCAUUUUAUGUCUGUACAUGAUAUGUUCAGAGAAAGUCUUCAGGAACCAACAGAAGAUGAGAUAAUGUUACAAAUCAGUAACAACCAUUAUCUACAGGAGGCUACCUUAGGGUGGGGUGUCGGAACAUGAAAGGGAAAUCACUCUGUCAUCAGGAUAUUUUUAAAUGAUGUCACAGUAUUGAAGACAUACCAAAGGGAGGUCAAUCUGUCAUCAAUCUUUCAAAGGAGGUCACAUUUUUCCCUUGUCGAGGAGGAUGUCUCAGGCCAUAGAAGAUUAAUUUUAUUCUAAGAAUUCUUAAGGAGAUCAAUCUGCAAAUUAAAGGAAGAUUACUCUGUAACAGAGACAUAAUGUCUUCAAUAUGAGAAAUCUUAUGAUUGAGACUUUUUCAGAGAGAACUUCAUUUUCAGCAUUCUGCCAUGGCAUUGACUUAGUGAUAAGGCAGAGGCUCUGUCUUAUUUCUGUGCUCUUUGUUAAAGACUUCUUUAUAAUAUAUACAAGAAUCCACAGUAUAACUUGUACAUGGUAUAUCCUAUAUAUUAUCUCAUCAUUCUCAAUGGUUUUUUUAUUUUUUAACAUAUAUACAUGUAUAUUACGGCCUUUUAAAUAACAUGCAUUUUUGGCUUUAUAUAUGGAAAGUUAGAUAUACCCAAAAAUCAUGCAUAUGUAUUUUUUUUUUAUACUUUGGACAUUAGAAAUUGUAUGAUAAGAAAAGGCAAGACUAAAUAUCCAUAAGAUCUUUGAACUAUGUGAACAAAAUAUAUCUUGCAAAUGGCAAGUAAAAAGGUUAACAUAUCAUUUCUUCAAUAUAAAAACAAGGUUGUCAUAAAAAUGAAAUGAAAAAAAAAUCAGGGCAUUUUACACCAAAAUUUUUAUAUACAUACCUUUACUUAAAGGCUACAGGAAAGCUAUUGUGGUAUCAUUAUUGUUUUUGUGGGGGAUUAAUGUUCGUGGAUUUCAUGGGUAACCUUACCCCCUCAAAUAAACAUUUUGUCAAUGUACAGUAAAGCCUCAUUUAUCCAGACGCUUUGGUUCCUAUUCAAUUUAUCCAGAUAUCUGAAGGGUCCGGAUACAUGAAUCACCAGUUAAACAAGACAAAAUAACGUUUAAAAAUUCCGUUCAAAUGAAAAAUCAUCAGGAUACUGAAACAUCCGGAUAUCUGAUGUCUGGAUAUCUGAAGGUCCACUGUAUUGACUUUUUUAAUCUACCAAAUAAACAAGCUCCCACAAAAUUACAUAUGCACAAAACAAAACAAAAAAUGCUUACCCAAGAACAUCAACCUUCCUCGAUUUUAAAUGAUUCUACAUUAUAUUUGUAAUAAAAUCGUGAAUUAUGUUAUCUGUAGAAUGUAUGAUCAACAUUACUUUUUUUUUUUUUUUUUUUAAAUUCACUUUUACAAAAUGAGAUUCAAAUGAACAGUGCAAACACAGUGUUUUAUAAGUUUUGCCUAAUUCUUAUGUAUGGAUGUGCAUUUUAAAUUGAUUUUUAUAGUUAAGUUGAGCAUACUUCAAUUUUAAGAUAUUGUAAAAGUAUGAAGAGUGUAUAGAACAAUAUGUACCUUUUGAGCUUAUAUAAUAAUUUAAUGUUCAUUGUACAGCCAUCUUGUCCUUUAUGAUUUUACAUGAAUUAUAUGUAUUAUGUAUAGAAGUGCCAUUAUUAAGAAUUCUGUGAAAAAUGUACAUCACUGAAGGAAAGUGGUCAACAAUUUCUCGUAUUCUCAUCAGACGGCUUCAAAUGUCCACAUAUGACAGUAGACCACUUUGUUUUAAUUUAUCUAGCUAUCCAUUAUUUUUUAAAAGCAAUGGAUAGGAAUUUUCAAAUUUACUCAAUUUUUUUUUUCAAAUUCUAAGAGAGGAUUUCAUUUGCUUUUAUGUGAAAUAGAUGUAUCAAAUGUUUUAAGAAGGUGAAACUGAUUAUAAGAAUUUGAUAUUGCUAAAAUUCAGGAAAAAUUGCUGAAUCAUCAAAAUAUCGGAAACUUGUAUAUUUUUGCAUCUUAGCAAAAAAAAAAAUCUAAGCAUGUGGUUUCUUUAUGUUACAUUGGUAGAACAUGUUAAAAAUGAAUCUUCUUAUUUCUUUUAAAAAAAAAUCACUUUAUUUACAUCUGGUAUAAAGCCUUCAAAAUUGUUGAAAAUCACAAACAAAAUUGGUCAGUUGCUAAGGAAAUUUCUUUGGCCAGGUUGCCAUACUUCCUGUAACUGAGCAGUAAGGCAGAUGUUGGUUUAAUAAUUUAUUGAGGAAAUAAAGGCAUUGAUCAUAAGAUGCCUAUGAUGGACACUGGAUUUUACUAACUUCUUUCUUGAAAACGAAAUGCUGCUCUGACAUACAUAGGUAAAGCGCGGUAAAUUUAUACUUAUAAUGAAAAUGUAUUAUUGGACGAUAAAAUAGGAAAUAACCAUUCAAAUGAAAGAGCCAAUGAAAUCAAAGAAUAAAACUUUACUCAGGCAACUCAAUCCAGAUGCGCAAUAGAACUUUUAGUUAAUCAAAUUUUAAGACUAUAUUUCUCAAAACGAUAUGAAAAAAAUAAAUAAAAACGAAUAAAUACAUAUAGAAAUAGAUUUCAUAAUAUCACAUUACAAUGACUUUAAAAAUAUUUUCUUUCCACAUACAUGACAUCCAAGAAAAAUUCGUGUUUGAAAAAUUGUUUAUUUCUGAGAACCCCCAUAUCACGUACACCUUCUUUGAACUGUACUUGAAACAUCUGUGACUAAGCAUUAUUGUUUCUAUAGUACAUGUAUUUCAUAUACACAUGUAUGGAUAAAGCGACAUUGUAGUUCACUAAAUCUUCCUUUUUUGUAGUGAGAACUGAGAUUUGAGACUUUUCAGUUUUCAGAAUCACUUUUAUGUUGAUUGUGUUGGACAGAAAAGUAAACUGUUAUGCUAUUAAGCAUAUGCAAAGUUGAUCCAAUCCAGUUAAGUUGUACCAAACUUAAGUUUUCUUAUUACAAACAAAAAAGAAUAUCUUAUAAUGCUUGAUAUAUACAAAGAGAAUGUUUAAUUUCAAAGAAAAAAGUGUAUUAACAUGCAAAAUUGUAUCAUUGCUAGAAAAAUAUUAUCUUAGCCAAUAUGUUUCAUUAAUUUUUAUCACAGAUAAGAUAUGGGGAAAAAGUAUUAAACAGAAGUUACUUGAAAAGUAAUGGAAUGAAAAUUCGUAAUAUCUGAGCAAGUGAAUUACAUGUACCUUACAAAUUUCAUUUGCCUUUUAAAUGCUGCAACCUUU